AUGCCAAACCAGACCGCGUCCAGUGUCUCGUCACCUGCAGCAUAUUAUAUUGCCAAAAGUGACGUCUGCGUGAACAGCCGAGGCGAGAGCACUGGUUACGGUCUUUUCGCGGGCAGAAAGUUUGGACCGGGAGAGCAACUUGCUGUUUUCAAACGACCACUUGUUGCUUCACUGGAUCCUGUACGACUGUUUGAUACAUGUGCAAACUGUUUUGUUUGGACUGAGGGUGCGUCUGCCGGUACGAGGCUGUCACAGAAUUGCCAAAAAGAAGCUUGGUCUCGUGGACACAAGCACGAGUGUAAAGUCUUCAAAGCCUUGGGUGACAAAGAAUUACCAAAAGCCGUACUUGCAUGUAUGGAGGUUUUGAGUAGGAGAAAGCAUGGGCUCAUCUCGGACGAUGAAUGGGAACAACUGUGUCGCUUGCAGUCCCACAUUGACGACUUCAAGAAAAACGGCUCAUACCCUAACAUUGAAUUGAUGGCGAUGGGAGCAAGCCAAUUCUCAUUAACGCAGGGGAUGUUCGACAAAGACUUCGUGGCAGCGAUGUAUGCGAGGACACUCACAAACUCUCUCACACUCAUCACGCCAACCUUGGACCCUCUGGGCAUUGUCUUAGACUCGACGUUGGGCCAUAUCAAUCACUCCUGUGACCCCAACGCCUACAUCAUGAUGGAUGGAGCCGAGACCAGCAUUCGAACUCUAAGACCCAUCAAGAAAGGUGAAGAGAAGGGAGCCACUCUCGACGAAGACAACUGGGCAAUCGAGCCGGAGAAUCUACCCAAUGAGAUGGAUCACGCCGCAGACGCUAUCAUUACACGUGAGGCACUUGCUCAGGAUCCCUCCAAUUAUGUUGGUGAUUCAAAAGAGGAAAUCAAAAUCGCCGCUUUACAAGGCAAGGCAUUCGCCGAGUACGAAAGGGCGCAGCAGCUACAGAGCCCAGAGGCAGCUGUGCAAGCUAUCCAGGAUGUCAUGCAAUUUUGUCAACAGUCCAAGCUCUGGCCGCUCCAUCGGCAGCCUUAUGCCGCACUUCGCGAUGACCUGAUUGUGAACCUGCUCUCAAUGGGCAAAUUCACAGAAGCCUGGGCACAAUGUGCAAAGCGAUACAGGUACAUUCUGCCAAAGCUAUAUCCGAUACCAUUCCAUCCUGUGCGGGUAGUGCAAACGUGGCAGAUGGCUAUGUUGGCUGCGUAUCUUGCCAGUUUGAAAGAAGGUGUUGGUGCUCCAGAGGCGAAUAUGGGGUUGAUUGCCAUGAUGCUUGUGAAGCAGGUAUUGGAUGCGGCGAGAUUCAGCCAUGGUGCAGAGAGUGCAUUUACGAGAAGUGUCAGGCUGAAGGCUGAAGAGAUGAUUGAGGCGCUUAAGGGAAAUAUAGGGAACCCGAACAAAGCUGUCAUGGACAGAGAACUGAAGGUGCAACGAGACAUAUUGAUCGAGAUGGGUGAUUGGGUGAAGGUCUGA